AUGGGAGCGUCAUCCGGCCCCCAACCCGGCGCCGGCACGGCCGUGCCCGCCGCCGAUCCCCAUUCGCCGGAGCCCCCUUCUGCUCUCGGCGACUCCUCCGCCGCCGCCGCAGCCCCGUCAUCAACGCCAACAGCCCAAACUCAGACCGACGGUCAGCAGGAAGACGCUGAGUCCUACGAGUCCCGCCACGUCCACACCGUCUACGAGGCCAUCGCCCCGCACUUCUCAUCCACCCGCUACAAGCCCUGGCCCCUCGUCUCUUCCUUCCUUCUAUCCCUCGCCCCGGGCUCCGUCGGCCUCGACGCCGGCUGCGGCAACGGCAAGUACAUCGGCGUCAACCCAUCCCUCUACAUCAUCGCCUCAGACCGGAGCGCGAACCUCGUCUCCCUCGCACGGGACUACCAGCCCCCGUUCUACAAUGAGAACGCGCCCAAAGGGGCGAAGAAGAAGGGCGGGAGCACAAAGUCCACCACUACCGCUGCCGCUGCUGCGGCUCCCGUCGAGACUGCUGCUCCUCCUCCGCUAGUAGCAACCCCAAAAAACCAGGUGCUAGUCGCCGACUCGCUGGCCCUCCCCUACCGCCCCUCCGCCUUUGACUUUGCCAUCUCCAUCGCCGUCAUCCACCACAUGUCAACCCGCGAGCGCCGCCGUGCCGCCGUCGCCGCGUUGCUGUCCUCCGUCCGGCCGGGCGGCCAAGGCCAACAAGGAGGGGGCAAAGUUCUCGUCAUGGUCUGGGCCCUCGAGCAGGGGAACAGCCGGCGAGGAUGGGACGCCGGCGCGGACCAGGACCAGCUCGUUUCGUGGGUCACCAAGGGCAGCAAGACCACUGACACCGAGGCCGCCACCGAGGAGGAUAAGAAGCCCAAGGACACGACCUACCAGCGCUAUUACCACCUCUACCGCGAGGGCGAGCUGGAAGAAGACGUCGUGGCUGUGGGCGGCAGAGUUCUCGAGAGCGGCUACGAAAGAGACAACUGGUGGGCCAUAUUCUGCCGGGACUCAUAG